AUGGAGCUUUUGGACAUCCUCGUAUUCGGUCUAGCCGCCGUGCUCCUCUGCCUGUGGUGGCGAUACUCUCCCUCCCCCGUCUCCGCCACCGCUCACAGGCCGGAGCGGCGGCUCCCUCCCGGGCCGCCCGGCUGGCCCUUGGUAGGCAACUUGCUCCAGGUCAUCCUCCAAAACCGCCCUUUCAUCUACGUGGUACGCGAUUUACGUGCGAGGUACGGGCCGAUCUUCACCAUGAAGAUGGGACAGCGCACGCUCGUCAUCGUCACGAGCUCGCAGCUCAUCCACGAGGCCCUCGUCCAGCGCGGCCCGCUCUUCGCCACCCGCCCGCCCGACUCGCCGACCCGCCUGGUCUUCAGCGUCGGCAAGUGCGCCAUCAACUCGGCCGAGUACGGCCCGCUCUGGCGGACGCUCCGGCGGAACUUCGUCACCGAGCUCAUAAACCCGGUGCGGAUCCGGCAAUGCGCUUGGAUCCGGAAGUGGGCGAUCGAGGAUCAUUUCAAGAGGCUCGAGAGCGAGGGCUUAGAGAAGGGCUACGUGGAGGUGAUGAGCAACUGUAGGCUCACCGUUUGCAGCAUUUUGAUAUGCUUGUGCUUCGGCGCGAAGAUCUCCGCGGAGAAGAUCAAGCACAUCGAGGGCGUGCUCAAGGAAGUGAUGAUGAUGACGACGCCGAAGCUGCCGGACUUCUUGCCGGUCCUCACGCCGCUCUUCCGCCGGCAACUGAAGGCGGCGAGGGAGCUGAGGAGGAGGCAAAUGGAGUGCUUGGUUCCGCUCAUCAGAGAGAGGAAGGCUUUCGUGGAGGGCGGCGGCGGCGGCGGCGGAGCAGGCAGGAAUGGUGGGUCGGGAAACGAGCCUCGCUUCGAAAUGCUGAGCCCGCUAGGUGCAGCUUACAUCGACUCGCUGCUAGGGCUUGAGCCGGCGGGGAGAGAGCUCGGAGAUGAAGAACUGGUCACGCUUUGCUCCGAAGUUAUUAGCGCUGGUACUGACACCAGUGCAACCACCGUGGAAUGGGCGUUGCUCCAUCUAGUGCAAGACCAAGACAUGCAACAAAAGGUGUACGACGAAAUCGUCCAGCAUGUGGGAAAAGAUGGACUGGUCGACGAGAACGAUGUCGAGAAAAUGACGUACCUCGGCGCUGUCGUCAAAGAAACGCUCCGGCGACACCCGCCAAGCCACUUCCUCCUGUCCCAUGCACCGACGGAGGAGACAGAGCUCGGCGGCUAUGUGAUCCCGGCACAAGCCACCGUGGAGUUCUACACUGCAUGGGUGACCCAGGACCCGGACCUGUGGGCAGACCCAGACGAUUUCCGGCCCGGGCGGUUCCUGGAUGGCGACGGCAUCGGCGUUGACGUGACGGGGACGAAGGGCGUCCGGAUGGUGCCGUUCGGCGCCGGUCGGAGGAUUUGCCCAGCGAUGACCCUAGGCAUGCUGCACGUGAAUCUGCUCUUGGCGAGGAUGGUCCAUGCGUAUCGGUGGAUCCCGGUUCCAAACGACCCGCCCAACCCGACCGAGACUUUCGCGUUCACCGUGGUGAUGAAGAACCCUCUCAAGGCAAUUAUGUUGCCCAGACAAGAAAAGAGUGGCCUUGGCGGGACUAAGGAGUAA